AUGGCCGGCCCACCUCCACUCCAGGGCGACUUCUUCGGCUUUGGCAACCUCGACGUCCUGCCCAUGUUCCCGCCAGCAGGCCCCAGCCAAGGCAUUCUAGAUUCAGAUUCUCAUGCUCAUGCUCACGCUCAUGCUCAUGCGCUGCGGUUCGACGACGACGACAACGACGACGACGCCAUGGCACUUCUCGAGGGCAACAUGAUGGCUCAGUUCGGCAGCGACAUGGGCCUCGGCCUGGACCCCAUGGCCGCCAUGAUGGACGGAGACGGCAGCGACAUCAUCUCGCCAGACGCCAUCCUCACGGCCCAGGACCAGUUCAACACCGUCGCCAACGACGUUCCCGGUGCGGGGCCGUUGCCAGCCGCCGCCUUUGCACCACCCGCCAUGUCCAGCAGCAACCCGCUGACCGAGUUCACCAAGAGACGCAACUGGCCGGCAAAGGUGGUGGAGGAGCUCAGGGACUUGCUGCAGAUUCUCGAUUCCAACGGCCGCAUCAGAUAUGUGUCUCCCAGCAUCACCGCGCUCGCCGGCUACACCACGGAGGAGGUCCAAGACACCUUUUUGAAGCAUCUGAUCCAUCCCGACGACCAGGGCGUGCUCGUUGCGGAGCUUCACGAAUCCAUUGCAACCGGCAACCCGCUGCGCAUGUUCUACCGGAUGAAGAAGAAGGAUGGCACCUAUGCGAUAUUCGAAGCCGUGGGUCAUGCCCACAUUGCGGCUGCCCGAUUUGCACCAAAUCCAAACAAUCAGUCGCCCUUUUGCCAGGCCGUCUUCAUGAUGGCCCGUCUCUACCCGACCAAAAACGCCGCGCUGCUAGACUCGUUCCUGGAGCACAAGAUUGAAAACGAGAGGCUACGGCGUCGCAUAGCCGAGCUACGGAGAGAGGAGGAGGCAGAAGCGGAGGAGGCGCAAAGACAGUGGGCGCAGAGCCGAGAGGGCCGGUCGGAUAUCACCCCAUCUGAGGAUGCUGGCCGAUCGUCAUCAACAGCAUACGCAGCUUCCAACUUGCCCACCGACAUGUCCAUGUCAUCGGGAAAUACCGAUGGCGCAUUGACUCGAAAGAACCUGGAAGAUGUAACAGCAGAUACCAUAGCUCUGUUGACAGGCAUAGAGAAUGGCGAGCGGAUGAGCAAUGGCAACCGGAGCCCUACCCUUAUCAAGGGCGAUGCGGGAAUUGCCAUGCCCAUGGAUAGGGAUUCUAGAUCAGGCGAUAAGAAGAAGAAACUGAAGCUGGCAGAGGAAUAUGUCUGCACAGAUUGCGGCACUCUUGAUUCUCCAGAAUGGCGAAAGGGACCCAACGGCCCAAAGACACUCUGUAACGCCUGUGGAUUACGAUGGGCGAAGAAGGAAAAGAAGCGCAAUAGCGUCGGCACACCGUUGGCCAAGCCAGCUCAGGCCUAG